UAUCGGCUGUCUGCAUACGAAUCCCAGCCCCGUGUGUAUGCAAUCCAGUGAUUCUCAUCCUAGAAAACUCAAUAAAGCGGAGUCCGAUCGUCCAGUACUGACAUGAAAACAAGUUACUCUUUUUAACGUUAUUUAUCAAUAAUGUGAAAUACCACUGUUACCCCAGUGUUAUCGAUAAAAUAGUGCCCCUGAUGAGUGAAUAUUUAAUGAAAAUUCUUGAUAUUUUCAUACAAAAAGUCAAUUGGGAUUUUUCAUUCAUUAAUUUUUACCCCAUUGUGAUGUGUUCACCAAUACAGUUGCGUUAAUUCAUGGAUUUAAGGACCUGACUGUCAGGUUAUACCGAAUAAAAAUUUAUAUUUACGUUUCGGUGGUUUUUCGGGGCUUUCAGGGGAUAUGGGGCAAGGUACAGAGUGUUCAGACAGACCCACUGAGGUCAGUGUCAUCAGAUUUGUUUCCAGGAAUCGAACGAUCGAGGAAAUUGCUCCAAAAAAGGAAAUUUUUACGUGCAAACAACAGGGAUGUGGUAAAAUCUUCACUAAUCAAGAUGAGUUUAAGACCCAUGAAGCCCUCGAGGAAUUGAAAAUCCGAUUUAUAUGUCGCGAGCCAGGCUGUGGCAAGGAGUUAUCAGACCCGGGAACUAUGUGGCGUCACUACCAGGAGUUCCACAGUAAUGAGACAAGCGUGUUUGUCUGUCCCUACACGAGUUGUGGCUCCUUGCACAACACAAGUGAGAACCUAGAAGAGCACAUAGAGAAUAGCCAUAGACAACCGCCUACCCUGCCAACCGAGCCAGAGAUAAUCUGUUUCGAGGGUCCAGUUAAUACUCAAGUGAACGGUGAGGAGGAGCCGAUAAAAAUCACUGCCGAUGACGAGGAAGAGGAGGUCGACGACGAGGAAUCACUUCAGAUUGAGGAGGAUGAUCUUUUUGAUCGGGAGAAGAAAAAUCCUAGAUCGAUUAAAAGCACUGCCACUCCCAAAUCAAAUAACUAUAUAAUUGCCCCGAAGGCGGUCCAAAGUAACGAAAGAUACUCAAUGAAGGACGAAAGACUGACUCGAAAUGAUACAGAUAGUAGAAUCACUCUCGACACUAGUGAGAUCGAUGAUUAUAGUAACGAUUAUCAAAAAAAAUCGCGCAUAAUUGAAGCCUCUGAGGAGGAGUACUUCAUAAAUAUUUAUGAAGAUGCACCGAAAAUCGACACCGAGGAAAUUGUCUUCGAGAACACGGAUGAGAAGAUGCAGGAUCACAGGAUUGACCUAGGGAAUCUUGAGAGUGUCUUUAGAAGUGGACUCGAGGGGGAAACUAAGAAAAUCGAUUCGGCAAAUGUUGAGACCAAUGGCAACUGUAGCGAGGACGAGGAGUACACACCGAAGAAACAGAGGAUGUCAAGGUAUAAACAGGAGCAGCCGUACAAGUGUGAUAUCAAUGGGUGUGGAAAGACGUACAAGUACAUAUCGCAUUAUAGACAUCAUCAGGAUAGUCACAAAGUGCAGGAGAAUAACUCGGUUCAUAAAUUGAAUAAACCAACGAAUAGGCAGAAUAAGGGAAAAGCUACCACUGUUAGUUUCUUCGUCUGUAAAAUACCAGGAUGUCGAGCGCAAGCCAGCAAUGUAUCAAGCCUAUUGCAGCAUUACCAAGAAAAUCAUGCAAAUUCAAAGGCAAAUGUCUCUCAAUCUACGAAACCCAAUCAAUCAUUUCGAUGUAAAAUAACCAACUGUGAAAUGGAAUUUCGCUCUAGUGCGAUGCUGUACAAGCACAUCAAUCAGAUACAUACAAACGUGACCCAAAUUGAUGGUAGCACAAAUGGAAAGACUGGCAAUGGGAAUAUUCGUUUUACGAACGAUGGAGUUGCCCAGGUAAAUUUUAAGACUGAAUUCAAAGCCAAGUAUGUUAACACGACUGAUGAUUACGAUGAUGAACGAGAAAUGUCAAAUGGACUGAGAGUUAAGGAGGAGUCACGCGAUUGAGUUAUCGCAUGUUUAAGAGAAUAAUUUAUUGCAUUUAUCGGCAUUCAGAAGGAGGGGUAGGGCUGGUACAAUAUCCCUCAACAAUGAGAGAAACCAUUGAAAAAAUGAUGCAUUUUGAAACUAACGGAGGAAUGAAGUUAAAUUAAAGUGUUCACAUUUACUGUUAACAAUUAGGAAUAUUACGUAGGCAUUAUAUACUGAAUUGACUGCCACUUGUGAUUAUAUAAAAGUUAUAGGAAUUUUUUUUAAUCGUUCCUAGACAACUUAAUGCUCGAAACGAAUUUCACGAUUUCCUCUGAGACUAGACGAAUGAGGGAAAAAAUUAUUUAAAAAACUGACGAAUGAAAUUGUACUUCCGUCUUAUGUAUUCCUCCUCAGGUAAACACUGCUGUAAUUCACCGGUCUUUGACGUUAUAAUUAUGGCAAUGCAGAUAGAUCAAUAAUAUGAAAUUAAUUUACUCAUGUUCAAAUUGUGAUUGAAGCCUGAAAUUUGAAAUCUAAUCUUCACAGUGAUAUCCACUAAUUGCAAAUUAUUCGAUAAUUCGAAUGAAAUAAGUCCGAAUGUAUCACUCAACUUUGCUACCCUAUUAUAAUUAAUUAAAUUAUAAAUAGGUUGUAUUUAAAAUUGCUUGAAAAAAAAAAGACUAGGCACGAUGGUUGUAUUGCUAACGUGUGAAUAUCUUAGAAUUGUUAAGAUAAAUUAUUCAAAGGUCAUUGAAGUUAUUAGGAUAAUUAAUAAAUAGGCUUUGGUGUGUCAUUGAGCUCAAUUCAUAAAUUCAAUGAAUUUUUCCAGAUUUAUUACGUUGUAAUUUAAAUUUAAUUAUACAUUGGCCCAAAAGACUCCUGAAUUCAAUUCAGUCGUACUGAUUUUUACUGUUUUAUAUAUGAAUUACUCAUUUGUAUUGUUUUAUGAUCGAAUUAUUAAUGCCCGUUACAAAAGUGGAUGAGUGUUUUAAUGACAUUAAUUUGUGAACAAAAGAACUCGACUGUAAACAAUUAUUGUUCUUUCCUUAGUCCUUGAAGAAAAUAGUAAUAAUAAUAAUAAUAAUAGUAAUAAUAAUAAUAAUAAUAAUAAUAAUAAUAAAAGAAAACAUCUGUGCAAUAAA